CGCUGCAAGUCCACAGAGCUCCAACCUUUUCCCGCCUGAGGAGCUGCUGCCGUCUGGGCCUCCCUCUGCCCUGUCCCCCUAUCCCCCGUUCCCUUCCUCCCCGGGAUGAACAUGGCGUCUGCCCUGGAGCAGUUCGUGAACAGCGUCCGGCAGCUCUCCGCUCAAGGGCAAAUGACUCAACUUUGUGAAUUGAUAAACAAAAGUGGCGAACUGCUAGCAAAAAAUUUAUCUCAUCUUGAUACAGUGCUUGGUGCUUUGGAUGUACAAGAGCAUUCCUUGGGGGUCCUUGCAGUUCUGUUUGUGAAGUUUUCUAUGCCCAGUGUACCUGACUUCGAAACAUUAUUCUCACAGGUUCAGCUUUUUAUCAGCACUUGUAAUGGGGAACAUAUUAGAUACGCAACAGACACUUUUGCUGGUCUUUGCCACCAGUUAACAAAUGCUCUCGUGGAAAGAAAACAGCCCCUGCGAGGAAUUGGUAUCCUCAGACAAGCCAUAGACAAGAUGCAGAUGAAUACAAACCAGCUGACCUCAAUACAUGCAGAUCUCUGCCAGGUAAGAAGUACAUUUUUAACAUUGUCAUUACAAGACAUGGCAAGUCGUGUACAGUUGUCAGGACCUCAGGAGGCUGAAAAAUAUGUCCUUCACAUGAUAGAAGAUGGUGAAAUUUUUGCAAGUAUUAAUCAAAAAGAUGGUAUGGUCAGUUUCCAUGAUAAUCCUGAGAAAUAUAACAAUCCAGCAAUGCUUCAUAACAUUGAUCAGGAGAUGCUGAAAUGUAUAGAGCUUGAUGAGCGGCUCAAAGCCAUGGAUCAAGAAAUCACAGUGAAUCCUCAGUUUGUGCAAAAGAGUAUGGGCUCACAAGAAGAUGAUUCAGGAAGCAAGCCAUCCAGUUAUUCUUGAAAGCAACAUUUUCUGUACUUCUAAACUGAAAGAACCACCACUUUGGCCAUUGGCAAAUAUGAGAAUGGCAGGGAGGACUGAGACAUUAUCUGGACAUUAAGAAAUUAAAUUUUGUUUUGACAUCUUCAGUCCUAUAUGCUUUCAAAAAUUUCUGCAAAGAAAGGAAAAGAUCUCAAACUUUUAAAAGUCUCUUGUGGAUUUAUUUAUCUUCAGAUUAACAACGUUAAUGCAUUAAAUAAUCUACCUUUUGUUUUAAGUGGCUUGAAUGUUGCUGUGUUCUAUAGCACUUUUUUCCCCUUCUGGAAACAUUUUCUUCUGUGAGAAACAGGGAUAUAAAAGUACUAGAUAAUAUUUGAAAGCUUUUUUUGGCUCCUUAAAGUCAAUAAUAGUUUGGUUUUACAAAAAAAAAGAAGAAAGAAAAGAAAAAAAAAGGAGGGGGAGUGAGUUUUACUUGAAAGGCAAAAGCUAUUUAAGGCUUUAUGGACUUUGUAGAGUUGGACAUUGCCUACUAGAGUUGGCAAAAUUAGUUUUUAAUUUCCUGAGGAACCAAAAUAUUUACACAGUCUGCUGGUGUACUGGUGUAGAAUUGAGAAUUAAAGGGAUGCUAUCAAA